AUGGAUUCGCUUUUCGACUCCGACUACCGGAGCGUAUUUGUCUAUGGUCUUGGGCUUCUUUGUGGCUUUGCCGUUCACUGGGGAAUCUUCAUCCGUGGUGAAUGGCACGUACAGGCACCUCAGAUCCUGCUGGGUCACUUGUGGCUCUUCUCUUGCUUCGCAGGCCUGAGCAUAUACUACAGUGGCACUGCCAUUGGGGAGUUCUCCCAUUGUUUGCUGAUUCUGUCUGCUGGAUAUCUUCCUGGACUUUUUACCAGCAUUACUUUAUACAGAGUCUUUUUUCAUCAGCUCAGCACCGCUGGCUUCAAAGGUCCAUGGUACGCCCGUGUCACGAAGCUCUGGCACAUCUGGGCCUGCAGAGACUGCAAAAACCACUUGGUCUUGGAGAAGUUGCACGAGCAAUAUGGAGAUUUCGUAAGGACAGGUCCCAGUGAGAUCACCGUCUUCCAUCCUGGAGUCUUUAUGGCUGUGGAUGGACCCCGAUCCGAAUGCAUCAAGGCUGAGUGGUACGAUAUCCUGCACCCCGACAGAGCACUUGUCACGACACGCAUCAAGCCAAUUCACGCUGCGAGACGCCGUGAAUGGAACCGUGGAUUCUCGGCACAAGCCCUUGUCCAGCACGAGUCAAAAAUUCUCAAGUAUAUUGAGCAGCUGGAUCUGUGCAUCGAGGCGGAUGCCAAGGCACACGUUCCUUCCGAAGUUCGCAAUCUAUUCUUCUGGUUCGGUUUUGAUGUCAUGGGCGACUUUGUCUUUAGCAAGUCGUUUGAUAUGCUGCAUCAGCAGCAGUGGCAUCACAUCAUUGUCCGGCUGCAGCGCGCCCUAUCUCUUUUGGGCCCGUUCAGCCCGGCUCCAUGGCUCAUUCAGGUUGGCUUCAAACUUGGACCACGGGUAAACGUCCUCAAGGACUGGUUUGACAUGGUCGCCUGGUGCGAGCGGCAGAUGCGCGUUCGACUGGAUGAUGCCACCCCGAAGCCGGCCAUGCCAGAUCUCGCUCACUACUUGAUGGAGCUGGACGACGGCCAGACCGAGAAAAAGGACCGCUUGACAUGGCUUUAUGGCGACAGCUUGCUCGCCAUUGUUGCAGGAAGCGAACCUACGGCUGCCGCUCUCAUUGGGAUCUUCUGCGAGAUAGCCAAACACCCAGAGCACGCCGACAAAAUCUACGAGGAGUUGAAAGACGUCGACGCGACCAACCUGAAGACCCUCACAAGCCUUCCCCAUCUCAACGCAGUCAUCAACGAGGGCCUCCGUCUGUACCCAGCACUUCUCACAGGCGGGGCCAGGAAGACGACGGAGAACGGGGCAACGAUCGGCGGGACUUUCAUCCCACCUCACACGACAAUCAUUGCCCCGCGUCACGUUAUAUCUCGAAGAGAGGACUGUUUUGAGCGGGCCAAUGACUUCAUUCCUGAGAGAUGGACCACUCGUCCGGAGAUGAUCCGCAAUGUAGCAGCCUUUGCACCAUUUGGAACAGGCCAUCACAGCUGUCUUGGUCGCUUCCUUGCCAUGGACACCAUGAGGUUCGUUGUUGCUAGGCUGGUCAAGAAGUACCACUUCCGCCUCGCACCAGGGGAGACGGGACACCGCGUGUUUGACGACAUCAAGGACCAGUUCACAUCUAACCCGGGACCCUUGUCCCUGUGUUUCGAGCUGAGAUGA